AAUGACUCUGUGGUAGAAACAAGUUUAGUUGGAACCGUGAUGAAUGGACUAUCUCAUCUUCAUGGGUGUACUGCACAUGGAGAGUUUAUUAUUAACUUGUUACGUGGUCUUGGUGGCAAUCUGAACAUGAAAUCACGACAAGAAUUUGCAAAAGAGAUCUUCAGUUGGGCACAAGAAUCUCCACCAGAUCCAAGGAAGCUCCUGGACACAUAUUAUGACGCUGACACUGGACAGCUAAUGCUGUAUCAGCUGAAAAAACUUGAAAAUCUAACAGCUGAUGACUUCAGUAAUCUCCAAACACUUCCUGUCAUUCAAACCCCUGACAUGCAAAGAGGUUUAGAUUACUUUAGACCCUGGCUAGAUUUUAACAAUAAGCAGCCAUUUCUUCUUGUGGGCCCUGAAGGAUGUGGAAAGGGGAUGCUGCUUCAUUAUGCAUUUUCUCAACUCCGAUCCACUCAGAUUGCUACCAUUCAUUGCAGUGCACAAACUACUUCUCAACAUCUUCUACAAAAAUUAAGUCAAACUUGCAUUGUAAUCAGUGCAAACACUGGGCGAGUAUACAGACCAAAGGACUGUGAAAGGCUUGUUUUGUACUUAAAGGAUAUCAAUCUACCCAAACCUGAUAAAUGGGGAACAAGCACUCUCGUAGCUUUUCUACAGCAGGUUCUUACAUAUCAAGGAUUUUAUGAUGAAAAUCUGGAAUGGGUUGGCUUAGAAAACAUCCAAAUUGUUGCUUCCAUGUCUGCUGGAGGAAUAUUAGGAAGACAUAAACUUACCUCCAGAUUUACUUCUAUUGUUCGUCUCUGUGCAAUUGACUAUCCAGAAAGAGACCAACUGCAAACUAUUUGUAGUGCCUACUUGGAACCUGUACUACAGAAAAAUCUAAAGACUCACCCUGUUUGGGGUUCUUUACCAAAAAUACAUCAGCUAGCAGGAUCUAUGGUUCAAGUAUAUGAACAGAUACGAGCGAAAUUCACAGUUGAUGAUCACAGUCAUUACCUUUUUACACCAUGUAUUCUUACUCAGUGGGUUCUUGGUUUAUUCAGAUACGAUUUGGCAGGUGAUCAUGUAUUGGAAAUUGUUGCUUAUGAAGCAUGUCGUUUGUUCCGUGACAAAAUUGUUGGCGUGAAAGAACUUCAUGUGUUUGAUACUGUUUUGAUGAAAGUAUUUCAAGGUGACUGGGGCUCAGAUUUUCUGGACAAUAUGUCAGAUAUCUUCUAUGUAACUUGGGGAGCUUGUCAAGAGGCAUUCAUCACACCAGGACAGACUCUACCACCACAUGGGAGGCCACUUGGUAGACUAAACUCAACAGACCUGAAAGAUAUUAUUCAAAAAGGUGUUACUCAUUAUGGGCGAGACAAAAAGGAGAUAGAGAUUUUACUGUUCCAGGAAGUCCUCAGUUAUAUGUCUAAAGUGGACAGAGUGCUAAGUUUUCCUGGAGGAUCACUUCUUUUAGCAGGACGGAGUGGUGUAGGUCGUCGAACAGUUACCUCUUUAGUCAGUCAUAUGCAUGGAGCUGUUCUGAUUACUCCCAAAAUUUCCAGAGGCUAUGAGCUGAAGCAGUUCAAAAAUGAUCUUAAAUAUGUGAUGGAGCUUGCGGGCAUUGAAGCACAGCAGGUAGUAUUGCUGCUUGAAGACUAUCAGUUUGUUCAUUCCACGUUCCUUGAGAUGAUCAACAGUUUACUGUCUUCAGGAGAAGUUCCUGGGCUAUAUAAAAUAGAUGAAUUAGAACCAUUGCUAUCUCCUCUGAAGGAUCAAGCUUCACAAGAUGGAUUUAUGGGACCAAUCUUCAACUAUUUCACAUACCGGAUCCAGCAAAAUCUGCAUGUUGUCUUGAUCAUGGAUUCUACCAAUUUAAAUUUCACAAUAAACUGUGAAAGUAAUCCAGCACUGUACAAGAAAUGUCAGGUUUUGUGGAUGGAAAGCUGGUCAGAAAACAGUAUGAAAAAGAUACCUGAAAUGCUUCUGUAUGGUUCAGAUGAACAAGAAAAGACUGGAAAAGCACACAAGGAACUUAAGAAAAAACAUUCAGGUGAUUCUGAUUUUCUGAAGUCAUUUCUGGCAAUCCAUGAAUCAUGUAAAAUGUAUGGAGCAACGCCUAGCAGGUAUAUGACAUUCCUUCAUAUAUACAGUACCAUCAAUAACAGUAAAAGAAGACAGCUAAUAAAAAGGCAGAGCCACUUGCAGGCAGGUGUUUCAAAGCUGAAUGAAGCUAAAGCCCUGGUAGAUGAACUGAACAGAAAAGCUGGAGAACAAAGCAUUUUACUGAAAAUGAAGCAGGAUGAGGCUGAUGCUGCCCUUCAAGAAAUUACAGUAUCUAUGCAGAAUGCUAGUGAGCAAAAAACAGAAAUGGAAAAAAUAAAACAUCGGAUAGCAGAAGAGGCUGCAGAAAUAGAAGAAAGAAAAAGAAAAAUUGAAGAUGAACUAAAAGAGGUUCAGCCACUGGUUAAUGAAGCUAAAUUAGCAGUUGGAAAUAUAAAGCCAGAGUCUUUGUCAGAAAUCCGGUCACUACGGAUGCCUCCUGACAUAAUCAGAGACAUACUAGAAGGAGUUUUACGAUUGAUGGGGAUUUUUGAUACAUCAUGGGUGAGCAUGAAGAGUUUCUUGGCCAAAAGAGGUGUGAGGGAGGACAUAGCAACCUUUGAUGCCCGUAAUAUUCCAAAAGAAAUACGAGAGAGUGUUGAAGAACUUCUUUCUAAAAACAGAACAUCUUUUGAUCCAAAGAAUGCUAAACGAGCCAGUGCUGCAGCUGCUCCUUUAGCGGCUUGGGUGAAUGCCAAUGUCCAGUAUUCCCAUGUCCUAGAACGCAUUCAGCCUUUGGAAAAAGAAAAGACUGGAUUGGAAGCUAAUCUCAAGAAAACUGAAGACAGAAAACAGAAGUUAGAAGAUCUUCUGAACUCUGUUGGUCAAAAAGUAUCAGAACUGAAAGAUAAGUUCCAGAGUAGAACAACAGAAGCAGCAAAACUUGAAGCAGAACUGAGUAAAGCUCAGAAAACGUUGAAAGCUGCAGAGGUACUGAUAAAUCAACUCGAUAGGGAACACAAAAGAUGGAGUGCCCAGGUAUCAGAGAUAACAGAUGAACUGGCUACGUUGCCUAAAAGAGCUCAGUUAGCAGCUGCGUUUAUUACCUAUCUUUCUGCUGCUCCUGAGGAUCAGAGGACAACCAGCUUGGAUGAAUGGACCAGAUCAGCAGGCCUUGAAAAGUUCGAUUUACGGCGGUUCCUGUGUACAGAAAGUGAGGAGUUAGUUUGGAAAAGUGAAGGUUUACCUUCAGAUGACCUUUCAAUAGAAAAUGCUCUUGUCAUCUUGCAG